CUGUGAUAGUCGACAGUCGAAGCUCCUCUUAAGAGAUAAAGAACAACAGAGGAGUUGCACAUCUGAUUUUGGACAUUAAAUCCUCAACAGAAUGAACAUCGUCCUUAUCUCCGCACUGCUGGGUGUUGCCACACUUGUUCUCCAAGUUGCUGCAGUUGAAGAGUGUCGAGUGGCCCAUGUAUCUGUGAGGCCCCCGGGGUCAAACAUCUACCUCGGCGAGUCUGUGUUGCUGCAGUGUACAGUGGAGUCACAUUCCACUUAUGUGAAGCGCUACCAGUGGUACAGGUGGUCCCAACCACACACUGCUCUGAACCCCAGGCACCUGGUCUCCGGUGACAGCUACUUCAUCACUGCAGUAACAAGGGAGGACGCGGGCGAGUACUCAUGCCAAGCCGAGUGUUGGGAGAACAAAACCAGGGUGAAAACCCAACCGGUCGCACUGAGUGUGUCAGAACUGGUUCCUCCCUCUCUGUCUCUGACUCCCAACACCAGACAGAUGCUCACAGGGGAGAAUUUCACCGUGCAGUGCCCCACUUCUGAGACGAACUCCUCGGGUUGGAAGCUGAAACAUUUCUCUUCAGACCGUACAGACAGGACCAAAGCCGUCAGAGGCCACAAUUCCCCACCAGGGGGUGGUGUCAACACGGACAAGUCUGAAGCACUCGUUUUCAAUGCUACAAGGGAGGACAGCGGACUGUACUGGUGUGAGCACACUGAGGGCCGCAGCAGUGCAGUCAGCAUCACAGUAAGCUAUGGCAACAUCAUUCUGAAGACUCCGGCCUUCCCUGUGUUUACGGGCAGUGAAGUUGUCUUGUAUUGUCAGCACCGGACAGGAAACCACAGUAAAAUAACCUUCUUUAAAAACGGAGCAGAAAUUGACACUUCCAGUUCUUCCAGUUCAGACGGAAUAAUAAAGAUGACUAUUAAGAAUGUGACACAGGAAGAUGAAGGCCUCUACAAGUGUGCAUCCCAGGACAGAAAGCUGGAGAGUCCAGGGAGCUGGUUGUCAGUGAGACCUGACAGACCUGACAGAGGUUCCUGGAAAUGGAUCGUUGUUUCAUUUGGGGUUGUACUUCUGCUCCUCGUUCCUCUCACUGUUUGGCUUCUUUGGCACUACAGGUCUCAGUGGUUUUGCACUCGUAGCUGCUGGCCGUUUUCCAAACUGGAUGCGCCAGCAGAGGUGCUUCCUGCGACCAAGCAGGAUGUGACAGAAGUACAGUGGGACCUGUCCUGGAUGGAGAUGUCCAGUCUGCUCGAUAAGCAGUUAUAUCCUGGCACUUAAAGGAUCCCUCUCACCUGAAGCAUACCGAAAGUUUUUGAGGGUCACAUGUCAAAAAGGUCCAGGUUCCAAUUCUGCUUAUGAUUUAUAAAGAUGCCUCUGUUUGCUGAUGGUACAAAUCAUAUAGAUUCACACAAGAUUUUAGUACACUAAUACAAACAGGUCCAGCACAGAUAUUUAUAAAUAAAUCUUCUUUCCACUCUAUUGUAUUUAAAUUUUUUUAAUUCUCAGACUGACACAAAACAACCACAUACAGACAAAACAAGUACAAAGAGACAAAAAACAACCACAAAGAAAACUAGAAUUACCGGCUUGCAUUUUGUGUCUGCCAACCAGUCAAGUUUCAGUUUACAUCCAUGUCUGUUCAGACUCAUGUAAUAUAUUUCGUGACAACUUUAAAGGAACUUACUAAAAGGUUUUACGUGUAUGUCUUUGGGGAAAAGGAAGUUAUCACUACAUUAACAUAUGAUUCCAGUGAAUGAUCUAAUAUGUGAUACAGGGAUAUAAAAAUAAAAUUGA